AGACAGUAGUCACAAACAACUCAUACACACUCAAACACUCACACCUUUCUCCAUCACUCCUGCACUUACUCACUCCCUCAGUCACCAACAUCUCACAUUUCACCCAAAUUUAGCAGUGGGUAGAAUAACCAUGUGAUAAAAAGCCGUGAUCACGUAAAGGAGAGCGAGACUUGGAAGAGAGACUCACCAUGAAGCUGUUGUGGGUGCUCGGGUGUUUUCUCGGGGUGUGGGUGUGUCACGGACUGCCGCAGAAGGACCAGGUGCAGAAGAAUCAGGCCAAAGAAUGUGUGAUGUACAGAACCAAAAACUCUGCCCCUCCGGUCAUGCAGUUCCAACGGCGAAUAUCCGUCGCUGUAAUGCCUCAGGAACGAAGAUCUGUGACUAGGUUAAUUUUACAAUCAACCACGACCAGCAGCACAUGCCAGUUGUUCUUCAUGGCUGGAUCCAUAACGCCAGUCUGCGAUCAAAUUAACGCUCCUAGUAAAAAUUUAGAAGAAAGCGACAUAACGGAGCUGUGGAUGGAGGUGGCUGGAAAAACAGAUGACCCUGUCUCUGCUGUUUGGGACCUGAAGGUGAUGGCGCGCCAGGGGAAGCAUCGUACCCACAUAUUGCUCUCUGACACCGGUCUGCAGCCCCCAGUCAACAUGUGGGUGAAAUCGAACCAUAGUAUUCACUACUACUUCAACUGCGUCACCGGUUGUCUUUUUGAUAAAUCUAUGGCAAUGGCUCCGGGUGACCACACAUUCUUUUUGCGCCACGAUGAGAGCUUCGUCCAGAUGACCCUCGAUUGUGGCUCGCAUCGGUACCCCAUGAUGAAUCUCCGCGUCAACAAGACAGUGCCCGAGCUGGCUCCACCUGGGGACGCGAAGGACCUUAGCUUGUCUAUGAUGAUACCUUUCCAUGGCCCGAAUGACGCUGGCCUGGCUCCACCUGGCGCUCUGAUGGACGUCACGUAUGCCACGAAGAAACUUUCCAUCAAUGUGACUGCGGCUGAGCUGGGACCUGCCGGGGACCUGAAAGAAGUCACGAUAGUGUGGAACAAACAGUUGGGGAAUAUUGGGGUUGUGGUGGAUGGUGCUCCUCUAGGUAACCUUACUGAUUAUAAGCCUCUGACGAAGGAAAGGCAAGUUAAGGUGGAGGUAGCGGAGGAGGGCGGCGGAUUGGUGGCGCCUUGUAACCCUCACUUCCAGAUGGUGGGGUGUGCCGGCGAUGAGGAAGUGACUGAAGCAAGGAACGAUCCUUCUACCACCACCACCUCAUCUGAGACCACGCACGGUCCAUCAGCAGACGACGCCAGCCAGCAACCUCAGACCAGCCAGCAGACGUCCAGCAGGUGGCUCCCAGCAGUGUUCACUUUCGUAGUGCUCAACUUCAUAGUAACAGUGGCUGCCGUGAGUCUUGCAGUGGUGCUCUACCGCCGCUCCUCGUCCAACAAUUGCCAACUGACAAAAGACACUUCGACCACACCGGCUAUCUUCUCCAAAAGGUUCUCAACACGUUCCUCGACCCGCUCGACUCAACGCGGCAGUCAGCGUCGUAAGGCCCAGGGUGAUGCCACCCAAGGGGACAAAUCGGGCAGCUGCAUUGGAGAGGAAAAUGUUAAUUCUGAAACAGUGACGACGCCUCUCACCACCCCGGAAUCCCUAGCCAGCCCCAGGAAACACAGAAAUCUCUCCACUGAUGAGUUUGUCGACCUAAGCUUGAUAUGAUGAGGGCGAGGAAUGAAGGUCAAGUGUCCCAAUACCUCGAAGUAGCGGCCGUCCCUCCGCCACCCGCCUGUACAGUGACGAGAGACGUGUACAUAAACACCCUCGAGGAGCAAACGCACAAUAGAGUCUUUUGUCAACAAGAGGUGCCAUUACCGAGACAUACCAGUGCACCAUUAAUAUCUAUAAAACAGAUAUAACAUACAACGAGUCAACGUAAACAUACGUGCCAUAAAUUUGCCAGCCACAUGUGAGUAAAAUAAUAACUAUUUGCGAGAUUCCUUCCUCUAAUUGAUUUAUCACUGGAGGAAGGCUCUGGGAGCCUCGGGCAGGACCGGACUACCGCUGAGGCUCUAUAAUGAACGCCACUGCUUGAGGCUGUGUCCAUUAUUUAUGGUUAUUUACUAGUCAUUAUUUCAAGUAAUCCUCCCCUGUGAGGUGUACUUCGUCUUGCAAGGUACAAUUCUCGCCAAUCAAGACGUUAUUACUUUUAAUACAAAUAUGUAACUCUUUUAUAGGUUAGUUCAAGAGUCUCGAAACAACCUUUUAUUUCGCGACUAUACACAGCCGCCGCCACAACCUUAAAUUGGGCGUUGCAUUACAAUAUUUCCACAUGAAGAUAUGGAGGAAACGUUUAUAACUUAAGGAGUUGAAUAAAAUCUUUAUCAAA